AAACGAUUUCCCAAACGCAGGUCGCGGCCGUGUCUUCGAAUUAUAAAAUUACGCGCUCUCUCCCUUUUCCUCUCUUCUCUCUCCUCCCAUCUCUCUCUCUCUCUCUCUCUCUCUCUCUCUCUGUUGCUCUCCCCCUGUUCUUCCCUUUCGUGGCGAUCUGAGGCGCAGAGCGGGAGGAAGACAGCGAGGUGUGCGCGCGCACGAGAGAGGGAGAGAGAGAGAGGUUGUUUCGGAGCAUUACAUUCUUCAGAGAUUUGGGUGUAUCACAGCCUAGGGCUUUUCUGCGCAACGAGACGGAAAGAGAGGAAGUUUGAGAGAUAAUGUCGGCGUCGGGCUCUCUCGAUGCGUUCCUCUUCUCUGUCAGCAGAGCAUGUUGUAGUCCUUUCGCCAUUUUCAUUCAGAUCCAGGGAUGGGUAAUCUGCUUAACUCUUGCUAUUAUGUGGGCUUGUGCUGCAUAUGUCAGGAACAGAGAAAUCAAGCGAAUGAAGAGAAUUAUGAAAGGGGGCAAUAGCUUUGCAUUUCUUUGUUAUGAUAUCAAUGAUCUUGAGCAUUCUAAACAGGUUAAUCUGCCAAGAGUAUCAGUGGUUAUGCCUCUAAAGGGUUUUGGAGAGCACAAUUUGCACAAUUGGAGAAGUCAGAUCACGUCUCUUUAUGGCGGUCCUUUAGAAUUCCUUUUUGUGGUAGAAAGUAAAGAAGACCCUGCUUACCAUGCCAUAUCCCUAUUGAUAUCAGAAUUUAAGGACGGCGUUGAUGCUAAAAUUAUUGUGGCUGGUUUGUCUACGACUUGCAGUCAGAAAAUUCACAAUCAGUUGGUUGGGGUGGAGAGAAUGCAUAAAGACAGCAAGUAUGUACUAUUUCUGGAUGAUGAUGUUAGGUUGCACCCUGGGACAAUUGGAGCCCUCACUUCUGAGAUGGAAAAAAAUCCUGAGAUAUUCAUUCAAACUGGAUAUCCUCUUGAUUUACCUUCUGGAAGUUUAGGAAGUUACUGCAUUUAUGAAUAUCAUAUGCCUUGCUCGGUGGGAUUUGCUACUGGUGGAAAAACAUUCUUUUUGUGGGGAGGGUGCAUGAUGAUGCAUGCAGAUGAUUUUAGAACUGACCGUUUUGGUGUGGUCUCACAACUUAGAGAUGGUGGAUACUCUGACGACAUGACCCUUGCAGCUAUAGCUGGGGCUCAUAAGGGGCUCAUUUCAUCUCCACCAGUUGCCGUUUUCCCUCACCCCCUUUCAAGUGACCUUAAUUUUUCAAGGUACUGGAAUUAUUUGAGGAAGCAAACAUUUGUAUUAGAGUCAUACACGACAAAGGUUAACUGGAUCAUGAACCGUGCAUUAUUUUCUUCCCACUGCUAUUUGUCAUGGGGAUUUGUUGCUCCAUAUGUUAUGGCUGUGUUUCAUGUAGCUGCAGCAUAUCGAAUCCAUUUUCAUCCAAUCGAGGAUGCAACUUUUACUUCUACUGGGUUGUUACUUGCAGGCUGCCUGGCUGUAUGCACUGUUAUAGAACUACUUUCUAUGUGGAACUUGACAAGAAUAGAAGUUCAUCUGUGCAACAUGUUGUCUCCUGAGGCACCGGGUCUCUCGCUCCGCUCUUACAACUGGGGCCUUGUAUUUAUUGCACUGGUUGUGGACAACUUUUUAUACCCUGUCUCUGCAUUCCGAUCACAUUUUUCCCAGUCCAUCAAUUGGUCUGGAAUCCGAUACUACUUGAAAGAUGGAAAGAUAAAUAAGAUUGAAAGAAGCAAGGACAUGGGUCCAAGUUAUACAGACUUGGGAGGAAAGCAUUUAGGGAAGAAAGGAACCCCACCUAAAGUUUCUUUCCUGAACUCUUUGGCAAGAAGUUUUGCGCAGUGGUGCCAGCCCAAGAAAUUUGAUGGCUAGUGAAGUUCGACAGAGACUAGAAGUUUAGCUGAGGGCUUUAUUUGGAAAGCCAUGAUUCUUUUGUUGGAUCAUAUGGUCCUUUGGAGAGUUUGGUCAAUCCUCUCCAUCGAUUGUUUUGGAGCGCUUAGGUUUUUUAUUUAAUUUUUUUUUAAAUCAUCCAUUCAAUCCAUUUGAUUUCAUUCAUCACCUUCAACCCUUUCUGUGUGGGUUGAUUUUGUAAAAUCUCCCAAUCAUAUUCUGUAAUUUCUUAAUUAUACACAAUCAAAAAAAAAAAAAGGUCAAUGGAAGGCAGGAGGUUGAAGUCAUUAUCA